AUGCCGCCGAAACGAAAGAUUCCGUCAUUGGGCCUCGAGCGGAGGGUCCGCGCGAGAAAAGAGGAGAAGUGGGAGCCAGAGCCAGAUUCCGAGGCUGAAUCAUCCGGCAGUGAAGUGUCGGAGGAAGGAGUUGAUGGUCGCGAGAGCGAUGAGGAGGAUGGAUCUGCGCCGUCAGAUGACGAAUCUCAGUCAGGAUCAGAGUCCGGAUCGGAUGACGAUGACGAUGCGCCGCCCAAGAUCGACCUCUCCUCCGUCUCCUUUGGCGCAUUAGCCCGCGCGCAGGCUUCCCUCCCGCCAUCCGACCGCAAGUCGAAGAAGUCACGCCCACAAGACUCGAAAGAAACCGACAACCCGCAACAAGCCCUCCGCGAAGCACGCAAAAAGGAAUCACAGUCCAAGCCCCAACCGCCACCCAAGCGCUCCUCCAAGCACGCGCCCCAGGAGCAGACGUCCAAGCGACAGGUGUCGCGCCGCCGCGAGAUCCUGCCGGACCUGCGGCGCAAGGCCCGCGACCCGCGCUUCGACCCGCUCGUCGGCAAGCUCGACGAGGCCAAGGCCAAGAAGGCCUACGCCUUCCUGGACGAGUACCGCGACAGCGAGAUGGCGGACCUGCGCGCAGAGAUCAAGAAGACGAAGAACCCCGUGGCCAAGGAGGACCUGAAGCGCCAGCUCAUGUCCAUGGAGUCCAAGAAGAAGGCCAGGGUGCGCAAGGAGGAGGAGGAAAGGCUGCUGCAGGAGCACCGCCAGCAGGAGAAGGAGCUCGUGGCGCAGGGCAAGACGCCCUUCUACCUGAAGAAGAGCGAGCAGAAGAAGCAGCUGCUGACGAAGCGGUUCGAGGGCAUGAGCAAGGGCCAAGUAGACAGGGCGAUUGAGCGCAAGAGGAAGAAGGUGGCUGGCCAGGAGAAGAAGGAGCUGGAUUUCCUUCAGAGGAGGGACCGGCGAUGA